UACCACCACUAUCGACAACUGCGGCUCACUUCCCGGGAAGAAACCCAGCCAGCUCUAACCUUCACUCCACUCUCUACUCAGCGACUAUUCGUAUGGCACAAUCUCACCGUUUUCCAGCACUCCACCGCGCCGCUUUCAAUCAUCCCGCCAUCGACAACCAUGCUCAUCCGCUCCUCUCCGCUUCUCAUGCCAACGACUUUCCUCUCACCGGAAUCGUCUCCGAAGCCUCUGGCGCCGCUGCUGAUAGCAUACCUAGCACGCUCGUCUUGAAGCGCGCAACGAAGCAACUAGCUGCGCUUCUCGACUUGCCUCAAGGUACAAGCUCCUCGGGAAUUUCCGCCGCUCCUUCUUGGGACGACGUCGUGCGCAAGCGUCAGGCCAUGAAUUACGACGAGCUAUGCGAUCUAUGCUUCAAGGCGACCAGAACGCAGAGUAUCUUGAUUGACGAUGGCCUGGGCGGAGUCUCCGAACUGGCGGAGGGCUUUCGAUGGCACGACAGGUUUAUGGUGGGUGGCGGCAGGUGCUAUGUGAUUGUGAGGAUUGAGGCGGAGGCGGAGGAUCUCCUCGGCCUGAUGCUUGGUGACUACGCCCUGGAAGGCCGUGAGCCUCCCAAGGGCAUCUACGACGAGUUCGUCAAGGCAUUCGAAAAGCUGUUCGAGACGCACGCAGCGAAUGAGAACGUGAAGGGCUUUAAGAGCGUCGUGUGCUAUAGGACGGGGCUGAAUGUCGUUCCUUCCGUCGCAUCGACUCCCAACUCGGAUGCUGGACAGAACGUGAGCACGGUGACCUCAGAGAAAAGUGGCCCUACCGCGCAAGAAGCGCAAAGCUUCAUGCACGAUUGCGUGAAGACGCUGAAAGAGAAGAAGCGUGUCCGGAUCGCGACGAAGGCCAUCAACGACCACCUCGUCAGCCUGACGAUGGGCAUCGCGGCGAAGUUUGGACAGCCUGUUCAGUUCCACACCGGUCUCGGCGACAACGACAUCACCCUGACCCUUGCCUCCCCUGCGCACUUACAACCACUCAUCAAGGCAUUUACGGAGACCAAAACUGUUCUUCUUCAUUCAAGCUAUCCGUAUACGAGGGAGGCGGGAUACUUGACUUCCGUCUACGCUAACGUGUACCUUGACUUUGGGGAGGUCUUCCCCGCGGUCUCGUCCGCCGGCCAACGCGCCAUAAUUACCCAGAUUCUGGAGCUGACACCGACGGAUAAAAUCAUGUUCUCAACCGACGGUCACUGGUGGCCCGAGACAUAUUACUUGGGUAACAUACAGGCAAGGCAAGCACUGUAUGCGGUGUUCUCAGAGUGCGUUGACGGAGGGGAUCUAACGGAGGACGAAGCGGUGGCGAUGGUGGAGAACGCCUUGUUCCAUAACGCCAAUAACUUAUAUCGACUGGGGUUGAAGCCGGCGACUACAUAAUUUGACCGUACCUAUGUAUCAAUAUGUACAGUAGCAAGGGAUAAAAUGGUUCACAGAGCUGGAA